AUGUGGUGUGACAGUGUGGCAAUCUGUCACCCAGGAUUCUCAACAAGGCAGGUUGAGGGGCUCCAGAGGGUUUAUUUGAUGCAGAGGAAACUGGCUUUUCAGUUUCCUCAUUUAUUUGUAAAGUCUGUUUCGGGAUCUGGAGCCUGGAGAUUUCUAAGUGAUCUGGGAGGGAUGAAAUCUCCAAUCCUGGGUCCAUGUUUUCCGAACCCCCAGCACACUAAUGGCACAGGUGUGUGCAGGGCUUUAAAUAAGAACCUGACUAUGGGUCUGGGCUCCACCUCGGCAGACAAGAGGUCAGUGCUCAGGAGUCAGGAGGAGGUGAGGUGG